AUGAUGAUGGCUGAGGUGGCCAACCACAGCAAAAGGAAUCACACCGACAGCUACUUCAGUGGCAAAGCCGUCGCCGCAGCCGCCGCCAGCCCAGAGGAGUUCGGAAGCAUGUCCUCGAAGAAGCCGAGGAAUACCAGCCCAAGAAUCGCGCCCGUAUCACCAAAGGAGAAGAAGGACAAGAUCGGCGAGAGAGUCGCGGCGCUCCAGCAGCUAGUGUCACCGUUUGGAAAGACCGAUACGGCUUCUGUCCUGCAGGAGGCAUCGGGGUACAUCAAGUUCCUGCACCAGCAACUCGAGGUCCUGAGCUCCCCUUACAUGCGUGCUCCUCCGGCUGCUGGCACUGUGCCUGAGGAUCCCGAGCACUACAGCCUCCGGAACCGCGGGCUGUGCCUGGUGCCGGUGAACCUGACGCUGCAGCUGACCCAGAGCAAUGGGGCCGACCUGUGGGCGCCGGCGAACACGACCAGGCGCAGCUGUGCUGAACUGCUGAAACUGAAACUGCACAUUCAGGCAAGGCAGAACCUAACUGUCGAUGUGCUUGAUCGUCUAUGA